CUGGUUGACUUACCUGUGAGGUGCAUCAGUUUCGGUUGAGACCGAAGGAAAGAAAAUACGAACCAGCGCACGGAUGUAUGUGUGACUGAAGCAGGCCGGCUCCCGGAUCGCAGGACCUUCUUUCGGGGUGAAGCGAGGCUGGGGGGGGGAACAGAUCGCAGGAAUCACCGCACGGAGAUUAUCAAUCAGUACCACACCAGCCAGCGGCAGGUGCGGAGAAUUUCAGUCAACUUGCAAAGGAAUUCUCAGCACAUACUUUUUGCGAAUGGCUGUUGAAUAUUAGAAAAAACUUGGUUGCUGAAGACUGGAGCCUUGGGAUAUUCAUGUAUUUUUUUUCUUGACUGUGUUUUAGCGAACACGCCACAGUAUUAUUGCUUUACGGUGUCACGGUGAAGUGUCACCGUAACAGCUGUGUUAGGCUACUUCCUCCUAAGGUGUUGCCAGUGAGGAUUUAUCUGAUAUCUGGUCCUGGUUCGCUUUCGCUCCUGUCGGACUCCUGUCUUGUGGAAAGACGGUAUAAAAAACAGUAAACAAAAAAAUGAUGGGAUUUCUGCGACGGACCUUCAGUAGACGGUCAACGAGACGGUUUCACAUGUCGGACGAGAGAGACGGGAGAGGCGGGAGAGACGGGGGAUUCUCCGCACUACGAGCUCACCAGCAGCAGGUCGUCCAUACCCCCGCUGUGGUGACCGGGGGAGCCGUGGUUCAUAUCCCGGCUGCGGGGAACGCCAAGUCCGUAAUAACAUGCAGAGUCCUGCUUCUGGACGGAUCGGAUGCGAACGUAGAUCUCCCGAAGAAGGCGAAAGGCCAGGAUCUGUUUGACCAGAUCAUGUUCCACCUGGACCUCGGGGAAGCAGACUACUUCGGUCUGCAGUACAUGGAUCCGGAGCAGGUCUCUCACUGGCUGGAUGGCACCAAACCAAUCAAAAAACAAAUAAAGAACGGCCCUCCUUACACGCUGUACUUCAGAGUGAAGUUUUACUCUUCAGAGCCCAAUAACCUCCACGAGGAGCUCACCAGGUACCUGUUUGUACUGCAGCUGAGACAGGACAUUCUCUCUGGAAAGUUAAAAUGCCCGUAUGAUGUUUCUGUUGAAUUGGGUGCCUAUUGCCUACAAAGUGAGCUGGGAGACUGUGACCCCUCAGACCACUCCCCCGAGCUGGUGUCUGAGUUCCGCUUCACCCCCAAACAGACCGAGGCCAUGGAGGCGGCCAUCUUCCAGAAGUGGGUGGAGUGCAGGGGGAGGACUCCCGCUCAGGCUGAGGUCAGUUUUCUGAACAAGUGCAAGUGGCUGGAGAUGUACGGAGUGGACAUGCACUUUGUGAAGGGCAGAGACGGUUGUGAGUACGCCUUGGGCCUCACCCCGACUGGAAUCCUGGUGUUUGAAGGCUCUAAUAAAAUUGGACUCUUCUUCUGGCCGAAAAUCACGAGGAUGGACUUCAAAAAAAGCAGACUCACUCUGGUUGUUGUGGAGGAUGAUGAUCAGGGCCGGGAGCAGGAGCACACAUUUGUUUUUCGGCUGGACAGCGCGAGGACCUGCAAGCACGUGUGGAAGAGUGCGGUGGAGAGCCACGCCUUCUUCCGCCUCCGCCAGCCCGCGCAGGGCAAGCCCCGCCGCAACGACAUCAUCAACCUGGGGUCGCGCUUCCGCUACAGUGGGAGGACAGAGUAUCAGGCGACACAUGUGAGCCGGCAGCGCAGGGCCAGCUCGUUUGAGCGCCGGCCGAGUAAGCGCUACCCGUCCAGGAGGCACUCUCUGGGGAAAGUAACAUCUUCCACAUUUCCCCUGUCCUCAACGCUAAACGCUGCUAAACCGGCACUUCUAAGUGCCCAGACGAGUCCCGACCCCAGCCUGUAUCCGUACCAGCAGAACAUCCCGAUGACCCACGAGCCCUGGCUCCCCCCCCACGCCAGCCUGGCCCCCCCCAAAUACCCCUCCCAUCCCGGGCACACGCCCCCCCUCAGCUGCCCGUUAAGCGCAGGAGUGCGUCUGCAGCAGUUCAGUCUGGAGGAGAAUGAGGUGGUGCCCUUCUCGGGGAACGUGGGCCGGCGAUGUCAUCACCGCCACAGCGCGUACGGCAGCCCUGAUUUCUGCAGUCUGCAGAACCCACACAGCCUGAAGUCUUUCUCAGAGCUGAGAGCCGUGGCAGCCUGCCAGCCAGAGGAGCCUGAGCCCCCCCGGUGUGGGAAGCAGGAUCUGGAGCCCAGCAGAAUGCCCCCGCCCUGGCCCUCCAUGCACAUCAACAUGGACAACAGAACUGAGGAGAAGCCCCUGAUCGAGAAGGGCCUGCGCUCCCCGGUCUCUCCCACCGGCCUCCCCGAACAUCUCAAGUGCAACAUCCUCAAGGCACAGAUGGAUGCGGCCUUCCGGGGGAAGGAAGAUGCUUCAGACUGCAGGCUCUCUUCCAGCAGCCAGGACCACAAUGGGAGGUUUCCUACGUCAUCCCAGGACUCUGUUUCUUCCAGUUUGACAACAGAGAAGCCAUCUGUCCGGCCGGAGCGCAGGAAAAGACUGGUCCGGCAGUUUAGUUUUAACCAUAGCGAUGAGGAUGAUCUCCCAGCAGCACUUGCAGCCAUAUCGUCCCAAAGCCGGACCACCUCCGAGAGCUCCUUAGACAAGCAGAUCCAGCCGCCCAUAUACCCCAAGGCUGACCUUCCACGGUUAGAGGUGGACGUGCAGUGCUGUGACCUCACCUUGUCUCCGUCUAAACCUCCUUUCUCUCAUUCACCCGUACCCCAACUGCUGUCCUGCCUCACACCUCAAAAAACCAGCUCUGAACCGCGGAGCCUGGACCAUGACAGGGAGAAGCUGAUGAGGCGACUCCUGAUGACAGAGCUGUGACAUCACCACGCCCCCUCGCCCCCCACCCUAACCCCCACCCCCCCGGAGAGGAGCUGGUCUCUGUGUGCCUUUCAUAUCCUGCCUGUAACCCUGGAACUCUGCUCCCGCCUCACCUGCUCACAGCUACAGGGACAUUCGUGGCAAACGUAGCCUUGUGAUCGCACCAUAUGAACGAGACUUUUCAUUCUCACAACGCACAUCUUAGGACUUCAACAACUUCUAUUAUGCUGCCCUAAAAUAUCUCAUUGACAGAUUGAAACAUUUCAGAGUUUCAUGCGAUAUAUAUAUCUGCAGAAGGCUUCAGCGUGAAUUCAAGUAUUGUCGGUUUUCAAUAUUCCAUUAAGAAAUGUUAAAUAACUUUCCACAUGCUAAACGUGUAUAUUGAUCAUCCUUGCGGCACUGAUGGUUGGAGUCAUAGGUCUAUUUUUAGUGGUGCCCAGUGUCACACAGAACGGGUCUGAUGCUUGCAGCUGACUGUAUUUCUACCACUUCAGUCCUUUGGUAACUGUUUUAAUAAAAUUUAAAUCCAAUAUAAAAAAAUACCCAUACUUCAAAAAUAUUGUAAAUAUUCUCCUGUUUGGAAUUCAGAAAUAAAAACCAUAUAUGUUA